AGAGACGACUAUGGAGGUGAUUUACUAACGUCUGUCCUGUAAUAUCACUGUCGCCCUCUGGCUGUGAGCAAGAGAAUCGCGAUUCUUCACAGUUCUUCUCAGAAGAUGGCGGAGGGUGAGCUUAACGUUGACAGCAUCAUCUCCCGACUCUUGGAAGUGCGAGGAUGCAGGCCGGGAAAGAUUGUGCAGAUGACGGAGGCGGAGGUCCGUGGGCUCUGCAUCAAGUCCCGCGAGAUCUUCCUGAGCCAGCCCAUUCUGCUGGAGCUUGAGGCACCGCUCAAGAUCUGUGGGGACAUCCAUGGGCAGUACACAGACCUUCUGCGACUCUUUGAAUAUGGGGGCUUCCCACCUGAGGCCAACUACCUGUUCCUGGGCGACUACGUGGACCGAGGAAAGCAGUCGCUGGAGACCAUCUGCCUGCUGCUGGCCUACAAGAUCAAGUACCCCGAGAACUUCUUCCUGCUGCGCGGCAACCACGAGUGCGCUUCCAUCAACCGCAUCUACGGCUUUUAUGAUGAGUGCAAGCGCAGGUUCAAUAUCAAACUGUGGAAGACCUUCACAGACUGCUUCAACUGCCUGCCCAUUGCUGCCAUCAUCGAUGAGAAGAUCUUCUGCUGUCAUGGAGGCCUCUCUCCUGACCUCCAGUCCAUGGAGCAGAUCCGUCGCAUCAUGAGGCCUACAGAUGUACCAGACACAGGGCUGCUGUGUGACCUGCUGUGGUCAGACCCGGACAAGGACGUGCAGGGCUGGGGCGAAAACGAUCGCGGCGUGUCCUUCACCUUCGGUGCCGAUGUGGUCAGCAAGUUUCUCAACCGGCAUGACCUGGACCUCAUCUGCAGAGCACAUCAGGUGGUGGAGGAUGGAUAUGAGUUCUUUGCCAAGCGACAGCUGGUGACGCUGUUCUCGGCUCCCAACUACUGCGGGGAGUUUGACAACGCCGGAGGGAUGAUGAGUGUGGAUGAGUCGCUCAUGUGCUCUUUCCAGAUUUUGAAGCCUUCGGAGAAGAAAGCGAAAUAUCAGUACGGGGGCGUGAACUCGGGUCGGCCAGUUACCCCCCCACGCACGGCUCAGGCCCCCAAGAAGAGGUGAGCGCCUGGGCCGUCAAACAGCUAACCGCCCCCCCAGGCCCCCACCUUAACACCCCCAUCUACCCCAGGGGCACCACAGCUCCACUGCACCUACCCCACCCCACCCCACCUCCUCUCUUUCUCUCUUUCUCUCCUGUCUCGCUGAGGGAAGUGCAUACAGCCCCCUCCACACACACACACACACACCCACAGACACACGCCCACAGACACAAGCCCACAGACAGACACACACAGACGCACAAACACACACACUCCGACUCACACACACUCCACAUCACUUUCUUAUGUACAUAUAAAAGCGAGAAAUUUGCUGUGACUAAUGUGGCUGUUCCUUUGCUUGUUUGUUGGUCAUUUUUAAGGGAUCCAUAGAAAGUGACUGGUUUUUGCCAUAAGAUGUGUCGUGCUCUACCCUCUAUGGUUACAAGGUGCAGCAAUAUCUGAUAAAAUAGUGUGUGUGACUGUUUGUGCACAUGAGGAUGAUGGUGUGUGUGUUUGUGGAAAGGAUGCUUUCCUGCCUUCAAUUGAAGAAAAGAGUUGAAAGUGUGUGUGUGUGUGUGUGUGUGUGUGUGUGCGUAAAUGCCUGUGUGAAGGGGAGGGGUAGGGGCUCCGGUGAGGAUAGUUCAGAAUCCUAGACUGUAUUUAAAAUGUCACUUCCUUCCAAAUGGAUAUAUUUCUCUUUCCUCCCCAUUCGGAAAGGGGCAAGAACCCCCCCCCCCCCCCCCCCGCCCCCUCACCUCAGCCAGUGGGUACAUCUCUGCAUUAGCUCCAUGCGUGUUCUAUCUCUCAUUGGCCGUGGGCUCUUUAAGCCCUGGUCCUUAAGGUACCCGCCCCCCAAACCCCCCCCCCCCCCCCGGUCCCUGCAGACCCCCGCCGCCCCCAGACUCAAGAAUGUUAUCUCUCCUCCAGAGAUGUGUUACCAUUCAGCUCCCGAGACGGUGAAAAAGAACCAAGUGUACAUAUAUACCAAACCACUCAUGAGAACCAUAACCAUUCACCCUUAACAACAGCUGAACAAAACUAAAGAAAACAAACAAAACAUACAAAACAAAACAAAAAAAAAGAACGUAGUUGUCACUCAUCCGUAUGUGUGUCGUUUUGUUUUAAGCCUGUGCGUUCACACUGGCAAGAGAUUCCAGGGCGGAAGGGUGUUGACAAAGUGCAUAGGUCAGUCAGACUGGAGUUGACCUCCCUGCAGCUCACCGCAGGCCCCUCUCCCCAUUGCUCCUCUCCACCGGAGGGGUGCGUUCAGGGCUUGCUCCUGUGCCCGUGGCAGUCCGUCAAGGUGAAUGCACUGUGGAGGCCAAGGCUGAAGAUGAUUUGUGACACCAGAAUCACUAAAAUGUAGACCUUAGGAGGCACAAGUACUUGGCUUCCUAAUCUCGUGUUAUCGUGCUUAUAUGAAUUGAGAGUGCGUGCUGUUGCUUUCUCACAAAAACACCGAACAGGUGGACAGCAGAUAGGCGCUUGUGUCCCCAUCAGUUAGAGUUAGGUAUGUGGAGAGCCUUCCACCAGUUAAAAUGGGUGUACGUGUGCACUUGUGUGGAAUGAGCUAAGAUGGGGGUGUAUGUGCGAGGUUGCCGUAACAGCCGCCAGUAUUCAGGCAGGACAGUCCUGCCACCUAGUGGCUCCUAUUGAGCCUCUGCUGGCAUUUAGAGGGAAUCAUCAAAAUAUUUAAUGAGGACCAAGUUUAUGAGGAAAAGCAACGUGACCACUCAGUUUGAUGUUGAGACAUCAAUUUAUGAAAUUCUGUUCAACGCAAUGAUCAACGUCAAACUUUAAUUCAUUCUAAUUUUCCCUCAGACCUCACCUCCACUAAAGGAAAUCCAAAGACCAUAGAGUAUUCAUAUCGUUGAUUAUGGACAUCAAAUGCUAGACUAGAACCAAAAGUGACUGGACUAUACUCGUCUUUGUGAGCUGGUUUGAGGUUCACGGCCCAGGUGUACAUAUGGAAAGGGAUAAGACUGUUUCUGGGUUAGAUGUUUUGGUCUGCAUGUCCUCUUCAGCCUUCGGUCUCCACUGUCAAUCCUUCAGUCUCCACGCACAUUUGUGCCCGUGAAAAAGAAAGCAUCGUCCGUCUUGUAAGGUCUUUUUCAGGCUUUAAAUUUAGAUUUUGCCGUAUGCCUUGUUUUACUCUAUUAAACCUAACACUUCCUGGUCAGGAAAUGUAAAAGUGUUUUAAAUGACAAAAAAUUAAGAAAAAAAAAGGUCAGUUUUGAAAUUUGUACCAGUUUGUUUCAGACUCUUUGAGUGGAAUAAAUGGAACUGUGCUGUCAA